CUCUUCCUCCUCCUCCUCUGCAGUGACCAGUGUGUUUAUGCGUGUACGUGCGUGUGCGUGACAGUGACACGUACCUGGGUCUAACUGUUACGAGACCUGGCAGGAGACCUCCACCUCGGGCAGGCUGAGCAGAGAGAUCGCCCCACUGCGUCCUGAGAUCCGGAGCAUUUGGCAGCAUGGAGACGAGGGAAGCAGCCGCAGGUGAGGCUGGAGUCUGUGGACAGAUCCAGUGUCUUGUGAGCAGCGAUGGGGAGGAACAGGCUGCAAAGAAUGAGGCAGCUCCUCAAAAAGACCCCGAAACACCCACCAAAAGCAAGAUGGAGCAGAUCUUUGGGUUCAAGAAGGAGGACCUGAGCUCCUGGCAGAGCCUGGUGACCCUGCUGAGCCGACCCACUGACCCAGCAUCCCUCGGCAUCUUCCGCUGCUUGUUUGGUUUGCUGAUGCUCAUCGACAUCACUCAGGAACGUGGCCUCAGUCACCUGGACUAUAAAUACCUGGACGGGGCCCCCGUGUGCCGCUUCCCCCUCUUCAACUUCCUACAACCCCUCCCACUGGACUUGAUGUACCUGGUGUACGUGGUGAUGUUCCUCGGUGCCCUGGGCAUCAUGCUCGGCUGUCUCUACCGUCUCUCCUGCCUGAUGUUCAUCUCAACCUACUGGUACGUCUUCUUCCUGGACAAAACCACCUGGAACAAUCACUCGUACCUCUACGGCCUCAUCGGGUUUCAGCUCACGCUCAUGGACGCCAACAGAUACUGGUCGCUAGAUGGAUUGCUGAGACCUUCUAUAAGAAACAGGCACGUGCCUCUGUGGAAUUACACUUUGUUGAGGACACAGAUAUUCUUUGUCUACUUCAUCGCUGGAAUCAAGAAAUUGGAUGCUGAUUGGGUGGAGGGAUACUCCAUGUCCUACCUGGCACAUCACUGGCUUUUUGAUCCGUUCAAAGUGAUUCUUCCUGUGGAGUUAGUGAGUCUGCUGGUGGUGCACGGAGGCGGCCUCUUUCUGGAUCUGACCGCCGGCUACCUGCUGUUCUUUGACGCCACAAGACCCUACGCCAUUACCUUCGUCUCCUACUUCCACUGUAUGAACUCUCAGCUCUUCAGCAUCGGGAUGUUUCCCUUCACCAUGCUGGCCACCAGUCCUCUCUUCUGCUAUGCCGACUGGCCCAGAAGAUUCUUCUCCCACUUCCCGGCGUUCCUCAGGGGGGUGUUGCCGCUCACCUCGCCGGAUCCUCAGCCCAGCCCCUCCUGUGUCUACCAUGAGAUCCAGAGCACCAGUGCUGAACGCCAGGAGACCCCACCUGUUGCCAAAUCUUCCAAACUGAGAUUCAAGCACAAGCUGGGAGCCAUUUUUACAAUUAUCUACAUCAUUGAACAGUUAUUCCUGCCUUACUCCCACUUCAUCACAAAGGGUUACAACAACUGGACCAAUGGCUUGUACGGCUACUCGUGGGACAUGAUGGUUCACUCCCGCAGUCACCAGCACGUUAAGAUCACAUACAGAGAUGCAAAGACUGGAGACGUCGGAUAUCUGAACCCAGGGGUUUUCACACAAAGCCGGCGGUGGAAAGACCAUGGAGACAUGCUGAAGCAGUACGCCACCUGCCUCAAGCACAAUCUGCCUCGCUACAAUAUCUCUGAUCCAGAAAUCUACUUUGACAUCUGGGUGUCCAUCAACGAACGCUUCCAGCAAAGGAUCUUUGAUCCCCGUGUGGACAUUGUGAAGGCUGAUUGGUCUCCUUUCCAGCCAAACCCGUGGCUGAUGCCUCUGCUGGUGGAUCUGUCUCCCUGGAGGACCAAGUUCCAGGAGAUCGAGGGCAGUCUGGACAAUCAGACUGAGAUCGUCUUCAUAGCCGAUUUCCCAGGUCUCCACUUGGAAAACUUUGUGAGUGAAGAUCUGGGAAACACCAGCAUCCACGUGUUGCAGGGCACGGUGAACGUUGAGAUGGUGGAGGAGAAAAGGAACGUGACUCUGCAGCCUGGCGAGCAGACAAAGGUUCCUGCUGGAGCGUAUCAUAAGGUGCACACAGUGUCUGAAGACCCUUCCUGCUACAUGUACGUCUACGUCAACACUACAGAGGCGGCGCUGCAGGAAAACUUCACCAAGCUGUUUGAGCUGCAGGAGCGUAUCCGCAACGGGACAGAAACCGAGCCUAUUCCUCCCGAGCUGCAGCCUCUCAUCGCCGCAGACGACCUCGAUACGUCGGAGGUCAACGCCACCGACCCGAUCGUGCGGCUGUUCCUGAAAAGGCAGCGUCGCAUGAAGGAGGUGAAGAAGCGCAGGGAAGCCGGCAUGCUGGAGCGGCUGGAACGAUUUGCUGUGAAAAAGUACUACACCAUACGAAGGGGAUUCUUGAUGACGGCCAUUGCUAUGAGGAACCUGGCGGUGGGCCUGCCGCCUCUGGAACAGCUGACGAGGGAAGUUGCCUUCGCCAACAUGAAAGAACCUCAGGCUGACUCCAACCAGGACGAACGACUCAAGGACGAAGUUGGUCACGGAGAACUUUAAAGCUGCCGCUGGCACCACGGCUCCUCUGAUGGAUUGCGUGCAGGUGAUCACACAUUCCUAAGAAAUGUGUGUGUUAUUACUACUGGACUGUUACUGUUUUGAGACCCUGCUGCCCAGGACUCAAAAGAUUUUCAAAUUUUCUAUGCUUCUGGAAUAUUUGGAAUUCUAGAUUGUUUCCAUAAUUUUGUAAAAAAGCAUUAGUCUAUGAAUCUCUAGGUUUGCUUAGGACCCAUUUCUUUUAAAGCUGCCAUAAAACCAGUUCACUGUACAAGGUGACAGAUGUGCACCGCUUUGCCUUGCAGGAUUACAUUUAGUUUUUUUUGUUUUAUAUGAAUGCAUAAUGGCUGAAUGAUAUGACCAAAAAGAUAUCUGACAGUAUGUUGAGAAUUGUUUAAAAUCAAAACACUAUGUCGGCUACAGACUUACGUUACAUGAUCUGCAGGGAGAUCAUCUCAUGACUACAUUUAUGCUGCUCUGCUUGGAAUGAAGAUGAAGAGCAAAGGAGGGAACCUGAAGGAUGAAUGGCUGUACACUUCAAAAUGGACGGAUUUGAAAGGACAGGAAUCCAGUUGUUCGGCUCCUUGGUACGAAUUUACCUUUCAGCUCUAAAUAAAAAAAAUUCAGGCCAAAAUAUUUUACACACUACAUGUAAAGGUUCCACUUCUCGGCACAUUUAACCCUAGAAUGUGAUUAAAAACUGAAACUAAUUGUAAGAUGGUCAGUUGGCUGCCUUUUUAUUCCCUUUUGUAAUGAAAAUCUUAUCCUGAUGUUAUUUUCAAUAAAAAAAAAAAUCAGCUGACAAAUGGUGUUUUGUGGAAAUAAUGAAUUUUAUUGAUGUCAGUCUUUUUAACAUGUCGCCCAUUUUAAAGUGCUACAGCUCAGUGUUCACUGUACGUCGUCACUAUGGCACAUUAAUAAUACUUUUCACAGAAUCAGAGCAAACUUUACACAAUAUAAAUACAUAUAUCAGUUCACAACAUGGAUGUCUAGGAAACUGUUAGAUCUGCUUAAAACAUAAAAUCAUGAUCGGUUUAGUUGAGGUUAAUAGUUCAAGAUUCAUUUCAGUUAAAUAUGCAGCUAUCAUUGUGCUGUAGUGGAGGUCCAGUCACAUAAGAAAACACUGAAGGCUGGUCGGACAAGUACUCGGUCUGUGAAGUGACAACAUGCGACAUAAUGCUUCACCACACGCGUGUUCACAACAGGAGAUGAUCUGUAGGUUCAUCAUUUACAGGGAACAACAACUCUCAAGUGUAUUGUUAGUUCAUAUUGCACAGUUUCUACUGGUUUCAAUUUUAAAUCAUCACACAAAUCCCUUUACACAACGGGUGACUAAUCACCACACUGAAAAACUGACCUUAUAUAUAUUAUGUAUAAAUUCAACAUUCAAUGCAAAAUGACUGGUAUUAGUGUUGGACACUGGCCUUUAGGAACUGUUUUCAGGAGACUUUUUCCCUAAUUGAAGCUGGUUUUCAUGAAAAUGUUCACAUCUGCCAAAUGUUUCAUCGCCAUUUUUGAUCUUUCUGCAACUCUACUAAAACUACCGACUGGAUUUCCAUUAAACCAGGUUGCCCCCCACCCCACUGUCUUUAACAUGGCGAGAUAGGUAUGCACUCUCAGAGCACCCGUCCAGUUCUUCAUAGUACAAGUAGGAGAGAGGUUGUGUGCGGUGUACAGCAGCAGUUCAAACCCUGUGAUUAGUUCUUAAUGGCUGUUCUUAAAGGCUCAUAUCUCACUGCUUCUCUUCCUCGUGUUUCAUAUACGUGGGCAGAGCCACAGCGGGAGAAUGAUAAGCAAGCUGAGGAAGCGCGGAGGCGUAACAAAGACACGGACGCCACCCUAAUCCUCAAAUUAGUGUUUUGUCAACAUCCAAUUUCUGCAACUCCAAAGACGCCCGUCUGGAGCUCAACGUGUCGUUCCUCACUCGCAGGUUGUGCCACAUACUUCUGAUACAUUUCACAGAGACUGGCUCUGAGCCCUGAACCUGGAGAUGGUCACCAGAUCAAAGUGAGCAACAUCGUCCAGUAGCUCCACAGAGUUCACCACCAACAGCUCUGUCAACACAGGCAUCUCUGCCACAGCCUCCGACUAAAGCUCGAAUCAUUCCCACACUGCUGUCUCCCUGCACGACCUCAGCUGGCCCCGUUUGGCAGCUAAAAACAGAUCCAAAGGUGACAUCACUGGCAGAGAUGAGGGGGAACCUCCCUGUGUGCGGGCCAUGAUCCAGCUCCGCUCUCCGGCCCUGUGCUUUAAACUGACCGGACAAAAAAAACACUCCUCUGUCUGUGGUAAAUCUUCAGUUCGUCUGGUUCCCCAGAGACGGAGCUUAGUAACUUAACUCUUUAAAAAAAAAUACAAUUCUCCCUUACUUCAAUCAACCUUUGAGUUAUAUUUCCAUUUGUAUCCUACAUUUGUAUUAAACUCUUUGCU